UGUACAUCCUUAUUCUAAUGGCUGUAAUUGGUGUCUGUUUUUCUUUAUAUGCAAUUUAAUUUCUGCAUUGAUGUAAUGGAAAGUAAAUUGACGAUGUCAAAAAUAUUUUUGACACUGUAACUGUUACAUCCGAAAAUCUGAUCAGAAGGAGCACAAAAUGUCAGAUAAAUUGAAGAAAAGUGUUCUAAGAGGAUGUUUAGAGCAUCUUCCCACCUUGAACUCCAGGGUUGUCAGGAUCUUCAUCAGUUCUACAUUUACAGAUACAAGAGAAGAAAGAAAUAUUCUUAUUGAGGAGGUGUAUCCCAGACUCCAGUCCUACUGUAAACAAAACUAUGGGUUGGAAUUUCAGGUGGUGGACAUGAGAUGGGGGGUUCCUGAAGAGGCCUCAGAUGACCACUCUACUUCUGCCCUUUGUCUGGCUGAAGUUCUUAACUGUCAAAAUCUGUCCACAGGGCCAAACUUUGUGACAUUUCUGAAUCAGCGACAUGGAUACCGGGCCUUGCAGACAGUUAUACCUGGGGAGGAGUUUAAUCAGCUGAUGGGGGCUCUGAAGACUAUGGGAGAGGACCUGUCCUCAUUUAAUAUCUGGUACAAGGAGGACACAAAUUCCAUUCCUCCUGUAUUUGUCCUCCAGCAAAUCAGCAGUGUCAUCCCUAAUUACAAAAUAAAGGACCCUGAAGCAAUGAGGAACUGGGAAAGAGUGGCAGAGGAAAUGCGGGAGAAGUUACAGAAAGCCAGUCAGCAUUGUCUUGAGGGAGGAAAAAUGACAGAAGAGGAAAAGCACAAGUACUUCAUGUCAGUGACAGAAGAGGAGAUAGAGCAGGGAAUCUUGAAGUCUCCUGGAAAUCCCGUCGACCACUGCCUGUGUUUUGUUAGGAUCAUCGAGGACAUUGAUAAGAAUCUGGGUCACUCUAAAGCUUGGAGGUACAUUGAUAUGACUGGAAGUACUGUAAACCAGGAGGCACAGAAGCUACUGAACCAACUCAGGGAGGACAAGCUACCGAGGGUCGUCAGCAAAGACAAGAUACAAAGGUCCCUAGUGAAGUGGAGUGACAAGGAGGGUAUUAACAGAGAGGACCACAAAGGAUACCUCAAACAUUUUGCUGAGCAGUUUUAUGGUGGCAUAAAAAGUCUGCUCGACAAAUCUAUAUCCAUGGAAAGUGAACUGUCUAAAGACAAUCUGUACAUUGAGGUAUUACAACACCUGACCAUGGCUAAAGAGAGAUGUGCCAUGUUCCACGGUCGACAGGAAAUCCUAGACAAAAUUUCCAGCUAUUUAAGAGAAGGAGAAAAAGAACCCUUCACAAUCUACGGUCCUUCAGGCAGUGGAAAAACAUCCAUCAUAGCAGAGGCUGCUAGAAGGGUGCCAUUUGAGUACCAUAAAGAGGCAGUGGUGAUUCUGAGGUUCCUGGGAACGUCCCCAGACAGCAGUAACCUUCGUCGUCUGCUGCGCAGUCUCUGCAGCCAAAUUCUGUACAACGUGUCAGGAAGGGCUGAGAAUGUUCCAGAAGAGUUUGAUGAAUUGGUGAUUCUAUUUCAAGGACUCUUGGAAGAAUACAACUCGGACAGACCCUUAGUCAUUCUCCUGGACUCACUUGAUCAGCUCACUGAAGAUCACGCUGCAUACAAACUCAGAUGGCUGCCCAGGACACUCAAAUCUAAUGUCCGGAUCGUCUUGUCUUCUUACAUUGAGACUGUAGAAAUCGUUACUAAUUUGAAAGCACUGUUUCAUCCUAAAAGUUUCACCAUUGUUCCAGUUUUGGGGGAAGAUCUGGGAUUUCAGAUUCUAAAGGUUUGGUUAGAAGGAAGCAAUAGAACACUGACAUUAGAACAGUUUGAUGUUGUCCACAAAGCUUUUCAAGUUUGUAGUCUCCCUCUUUUUGUAAAACUAGUCUUUGAGAAUAUUCUGGUGUGGAAGUCAUAUACCCCAAUUGAUAAAUGUGUCCUACAAACAACUUUACAAGAAAGUAUAUCCUCAUUACUUGGACAUUUGGAGAACAAGCAUGGAAGGAUGUUUGUGGAGAGGUCCUUUGCUUACCUGACUGCGUCAUUGUCAGGUUUGAGCGAACUGGAGUUUGAGGAUGUCAUGUCAAUAGACGACACGCUGCUGACAGAAGUCUUCAAAUUUCAGCUUCCUCCUAUCAGAAGAAUCCCCUCCCUGCUGUGGAUGAGACUAAAAUAUGAUGUACAGAAGUACAUUGUGGACAAAGAAGUGGACGAGACCAGGGUAGCUUUCUGGUAUCACAGACAAUUUAUCGAAGCCAGUCAGGAACGCUAUCUAAAAAAUCCAGUCUUUGCUGCUGAGAUUCAUUCCAAUCUGGCAGAUUAUUUUCUCGGAAAAUGGUACAAUGUGCCAAAACCAUUCAAAUACACUGCAGAACAAGUCAAGAAGUAUAGCCUUUCUUCAGCUGAUUCUGCAGCAGACAGGAAAAUAGCUAAUCAACCAAUCAAAUUUAUCUAUACAGAUCAAGAUGGAAAUACACAAAUCAGGUUUAACAAAAGAAAACUGAACAAAUUGCCAUUCCACUUAGCAAAAGCAAACAGAGAAGAAGAAUUAAAUAACAUUUGUUUGUACAAUUACCAUUUUGUAUUUGCAAAAAUCAAGGCUACUUCAGUGAUACAAGUUCUGAGUGACUUUAUAUAUACUAAAGCUGGUAAGUCCAGUGUCUUAGAAAAAGUGUUGAAGUCUUGUCAGUCCAGCCUGCAGAGGUACCCAGAUUCCUUGGCAUUUGAAGUUUGUGGGCACAUGCUGUCUUAUUUGACUGAGAAAAGAUCCAGCCCUGAAAAAACACUAGUGACAGAAUGUUUGAAAGUUUCAGAAGAACAAGAGAAGCCCCUUCCUUUCAUGAUGUGUUACAAUGUCCCAAGUGAAGCCUUGGUGUACAAGCUUGAGAAUCAAAAACUUCCAUAUGGGAACACACACAUAGCAGUAUCUACAGAUGGUAAACAUCUUGUUGCCUUAGCAGAAAAGAACCUUGUGUUUUUCUGGGAUUUGACCAUUGGAGAAUUAGAAUGUGAACUUCAAAUUUUUAAUCCAGAUACAUGCAAAUUGAACAUUAUGGGCUCCAAAAGCAGUGACAAUGUGGUGUAUUUUUCAUCAACAUAUCAAAAAACAGUACACCCUUUCAUCGUAGUGAACAUACAGACAUCAGAGGUCAAGAAAUCAAUGAUUCUUGGGAAAAAUUACCCUGCUGUGGCAAUGGCUGAUUCUCUCCAAUAUGGCCUGACUGACCAGAGGAUAUUUAGUCUUCACAAAGGUCACUCUGCAGACGUCUUUAGCUCAGAGACUGGUCAGCAUGAACACAACUUUGGUAUUUCUGCAGACGACAUGGUUAUAUCUCCAGAUGAAAAGCUUGUAGUAUUUCAUUUGAAAUCCACAACUACUUACGUUAUGUAUGGUGUGAAGAAUUUGGCUGAGCUCACCAGACUGGAAGUGGCUGGUCCUCCUGUUUCCCUCUGUCUCUCCCCUACAACUAAUGAGGCCUUUGUUCUGUUUGGAGAUACAGGUCAGGUUCACAUGGUCAACACAAACAAGGAUGAUGGCAGUGUGGGUCAGAUCCUCAGUGAAAUCAGGUCACCAGACGGUCAAAAAAUUCAAGAAGCCAUGAUGUCUUCCAGUGGUAACUUCCUCAUUCUGAGAACAGACGAGGGAUUUUUCUCCUGGAAUUACAAAUCAAACAAACUUCACAAAGAAUUCAAAAUUCCAAAUGCUCUCAAACCAGAACAUCGUGUUUUAGAUAUGUUUGGAAUUUUACUACCUGAUGACAAGGCUUUCCUUAUUGGAUAUGAAGGUCACCUUAUAUUGUGGGAUGUUACAAAAGGUAGAAUUAAAGCAAGCAUAGAGGCCUACAAGUCAAAGCUGAGCUUCAUAAUCAUCAACACUGCCAGAAGUCUGGCAGUAACUACCUCAAAAAGGAACAAUUCAGUUCAGGUGUGGAAUUUGAAUGCCAUGGAAGCAAGUAACUCAAAGUUUCAACCUUUGACAAUGAAGACAAGUCCAAGGUAUAUUGAUGUGUGCAAGACAGGUGAAUUAGCAGUAGUAAGGGGACACCGUGCUAAUGAUGUGUCCGUUGUGGAUCUGGUAAAUGGGCGUGUCAAGAUGAGUAUAUCUGACCUGUAUCACUUUAUGAGACCCGUGGUUUCUCCCGAUGGAGCUCAUGCCAUUUUGCGGGAAUACCAUGGGGAGAGUGUUAUUAAAAUUUGGGACACUGCGACUGGACAUAUGGUAUGUUCUCUUCCACUGAGCAGUCUUGAGGUGAAACACUACAAAUGUUCCAAUUCGAGGGUGUUGGUGAAAACUCAGGUUGAAAAUGACUCGACAUUCAGUUUCUGGGACAUGAAAACGGGAGAGAAACUUCAUUCCAUUAGAAUGAAUUAUGUAAAUAUUGGGGAAAUCAUUCUGGAAAUGACACAUUCUGAUGACGAAAUUUUAGUUUCUAGAAAUCAGAAAGGUGAAGAUGUAGGAGCCUGUGAUUUAUUGCUGGUAAACGUCCACUCUGGUGAGGAACUUUUCACCGUACCGGGUGUGAACCCAUCUAGAAUACAGCCAAUAGGAGAUAGUGGGUACUUAUUUCUGUCAGAACAGGUUGAAGGUGAUAUGCAAUAUCUCAUCAUCUUGGACACAAAAAUCAGAAAAAUUAUCAAAAAAGAGAAAACAAACCCAAUGCCCCAGUCUUUUCUGAGUCUCGAUUUUGCUGGGCGUUAUGGGAUUGACAGAGCUUUGAAUUUGUACGACUUGACAACACUUAAACAUAUACACCAGUUUGAUAUAGAAGAAAAGGAGGUAAUGAAGAAAAAUGUCAAAACCAAAGCCACUGCUCCCAAGAUGAUGCCUAAUGGUCAGGUUGCUGUGUGGCUUAAUAUUCGGGGAGGGUUACUUAAAGUGGGGAGCAUCAAGGAAAAAGAAAUUCUGAGUGUGUUUCCCGUGCACAGCAUUCCGAUCAAUUUAGACGUCUCCAUGAAGGGGCUGAUAAUUGUGGGGUGUGAGGAUGGGAGAAUCAUGCUGCUCCAGUUGCCUGACUACUCUACUGAAUCCAAGGACAGACUCUCUGUGUUUGUAAGUGAAGUGUCUCAGAGAUUAAUCAGACUUUCCAAGGAUGUGUACACUGGUGUGACUAAAAGGAGCAACAGACCACAGGGACAGCAAAACAAGAAAUCAAGUGUUUGUGCAAUAGUAUAAAGGUUGAAUCAAGAUUGUUAUAUGUUAAAAAACAUGUAGAGAUGAAAUGGGGGCAAGUACAGACAAGAGGAUGGAUCUGCUUGAACAAUUGUUACUGAAUACUAGUCUAGUCAUCUUCAGAAACUCUAGGCCCAUCUCGCAUAUGAUUAUCAAUAUGCAUACGGGAUACUGCCUUGGGUUUCCAAUGUUAUAUUCUAUUUUGCUGAUCUCUGACCUUCCUAUUUCUUUCAGUUUUUGGUAACAUAGCUUUUUGGCAGUUUAUUUUGUUUUAUACUUCUAUAGAUUUUUACAGAGCUGUAUUAUUUUUAGAUGACCAUUAAGGGCCAUAGGCCUCUUGUUUUAUGUCUUAACUGUAUCUUUUUCUCUGUUAGAUGUAAGAAAGUGAAUCCUCGUUAGUUGAUUCUUUUUGGACCUGUCUCCUAGAAGAUAUAUAACCACUGUUAUUUUUUAUAUAUACAUGUUAUGUACUCUGAAGUUGCCAUUUGUUAGACUGUUUUUGUGGAUUAAAUUGAUAUUUAUAAGACUGUGAUAAAUUUGCAAUAUUUCAAGUCUCAAGUCAAUAUUGCAUAUGCUGUGAUAGAAUUGGAUAUUAUUUUAAAUUUUCUAUUUUUGUACUGCUUUAGGGUAAAACAUAUAACAUUUAAUAUUCCAUGUACCGUUACAUUAAUCUUACUGAUGUUACAAUUCUAGAGUCUUAGUCAAGCUUAUUUUGAGGCAUUAUUUUUAAAAUCUUUUUUUUUAGAUUGUCUUUUAGCAUUAAUUUCCACUUAGGCAAUUAAAACAAAUUAAGUUCUAUUUAUUAU